AUGACCACCACUCCAAUUUCCGUCAAAAAGAACACUAGCGGUUAUAACAAAGCUGCAGUGGUUCCUGUACAGAGUACAGGUACUGAAGAAAUGGAUGCUGAACAGGACAUGGAUUCAUCCUUCUCCAACGAAGAAGAUAUUAAGCAGAGAAAAGGGAGUCUCUCUAUUCGAACAUGUUCCAUUAGCAUCUUUCUGACGAUCAUCCUUACAUGCGUGAUCACCCUUACUGUCAUUUGGGUUGCUUUCUUCAGCGAUAAUAUUCGAGCCAUGUCCAAAUCUCUAACAGAAGCUCAAUUCAAAAACUUUGUUCAACUCACUGAAACUACUUUCCGUGAAAUGGCCAUUUCUUCGGAUACUAUUAAGGAACAACUUAUUGUUGCUUUAGGUAACAAUCAAACCGAUAUUUACACAAAACAAGUCGAACGAGCCAUGAACUUUAUCUUCUUUUCCGAAUACAAGUAUCACAAAGGUGUAGUCAAUGCUGCUUCAUUGUAUAUCCAAAACAACGAACAUAUAGGUAUUCUGUUUGUAGGCUCGUUACCAAUCUCAAAAACGGUCCAAAACUCGACUGGUUUAUUUAGAUUUCCGUGUUAUACUCUGAACGAAGAAAUUGGUUGUGCUUAUUUCACAAAUUAUUCCGUAAAGACAACAAAACCAUACAAUACCGCGUCCUCUCAUGAAGCGAUCAGAAAGAGUCCAGGCAAACCAGUGUUUACACUAACCUACAAAUCACCAGGAAUCGAUGCCGUGCUUAUUGCCCUGGUCAAUUCUCACAAAAGUUUGACGAAAUCAGUUGCCACUUCUUCUCUUCCCUUUGAUUGGUUCCUUCACUUGGACAUGAGUGUGGACAAUUUAUCGAAAAUGUUGAAAAACACAACGUUGGCAGUUCCAGGCUCCACAGGUCUUAUCAUUGAGGGCCCUACUAACUAUAUCAUUGCCACAAACUAUCCUGAGAUUUCGAUUACCGGAAGAAUACAACCACAUCAGCACAACAACACAAUCCUGCGAAAUGCAUAUCUUGAAAUGAAAGAGGCAUUACCAAAUUACAACAACAUUACCUGUAAUGAAAUUCGAUUCCUUACUUUCACAAAUCGACUUACAAGUGUAUACAGAAUGUGCACAGUUACAGGACUUGAUUGGAUUAUUAUGUUCUCCGUUCCACAGUGGAAUUAUAUCGGAGGAAUGAUCACUGCCAUUAUCAUUGCUUUGGGAAUAAGUUGCUUAAUCGCAGUGAUUGGUAUACUGUCAGGAGUUUUCUAUUCUGCGAUUAUGGUUCGACCUUUUAACAACCUUAUUCAACUCUUUGAACACGUUGCAGACAUGAAUUUAGAGUCUUUGGAUAUUAAGAAGAGCAAAUUUAGAGAGGUCGUGCAACUACAAGAUCACUUUUUAUUCAUGGUACAACGAAUCAAACAGUACCGUGCUUUUAUUCCUUCUCACUUACUUCAUCAACUUGAGAAGAAUAACACCAUUGAGGAUCCAGAAGAUAUUAGUGUUAUCAAAGAAAGUGAAGCAUCCCAACGAAAAGAAGAACUGUCAUCAAGAGUUUCAAGAUCAACCUUUUCAUCAAAAUUGGCCACAAGUUCCAUGUUCAAGAUUGGAUUCGAAAAGAGAAAAAUAUCUUCCCUGAUGGUUCUAUUAGACGGCUUUAACUAUUGGGUCAAGCACAUCAAUUUCCAUGAUAUUACACAUUUACUUACAGAUAUCUUUGAAGUUGUUCAAAAAGCAUGUUCCAAUGGCGGAGCUCACAUUGGCUCCUUUGAAAAUGAAACCCUUCUGUUGUCAUGGAAUGCAACUGAAAAAGUUAAGGACCAUGAACAGCAGGCCGUUAGAGUUGGGUGGUUCUUGAAGGAAAAGCUGGCAUCACUUCCAACCACCAAAUGGGCAAAAAAGGACAUCUUUGAUAACCAAAAGUUACUUAUCAAGUUUACUCCAAGAUUCGCUGUAUGCACUCAAACCUGCCAUUGUGGAAACGUUGGUACUCGUAAUUCCAAAACAUUCACCAUUGUGGGUAGCUCAUCAAAUAAUUUGCAAUCUAUGCUCAGAAAAGCUAGAGGCCUAAAAUUGAGUAUGGUGAUUACAGAAACAACAAACGAAGAAGUUAAGGCUCAUUACUUUACAAGAUAUGUUGGCAAUAAGAGCAUGAUUGUUGAGGACGUGGUCGCUUCUCCAAGCAUUAAAAAGAUUAAAAAGACAUCAAAGAUGAAAAUAUUCGAAGUUUUGGAGUCAAGUUCUGUCAACAUGGACGAAUGGAUGUAUGAGCUUCAAUCUAAAGAACAAAGAAACAAAUGGGGUGCUUAUAAUAUGGGUUGCAAAGCAUUUGAAGAGGGAAACUACGACCGCAGCCUUGAAUAUUUCCGUGAACAUGAGAGUAAAUUCAAAAAUGACCUUCCAACUUUGAGAAUGAUUGACAAGUGUGAAAGGAAGUUGCAUGAACAAAAUAAAUUUUAA